UUGAUAUUGUUCACGGUCUAUCUCAUAAAAAACUGUGUUUUUUGUUUUGUUCUGGUGACGGCUAAGUCCGAUCACGGUCCAUCUCGCUUAAAAAAGUGUUAUCGUUUCUGGAGUUAAUAUUUAAUAAAUCUAUACGUAAACAUUUGCUCGAAGGUUGCAUAUAGCAGAAAUGAGCCUCGAAACGAUAUGCCGGAUGUGCUCUUCACAGAAAUCACGACUACGAUCUUUAUUUCACGACUACACGAUACAUCAGAUGCUCAAUAUCAUUGAACAAAUUCUGCAUCUAAAAAUGGAAGAAAACGAUGGACUACCAUCAAACAUUUGCAAACCGUGCGCCACAAACAUAUUGCGACUGAAUGAGAUGGUGAAUCGGUUUCGAGAGAAUGAGAGAAAGCUUCGUCGCAAAAUUCUAGGAACUGCAUUUUCCGAUAAACAAGAAAUUGAUACAAUUAUCGAGUUGAAUGUUAAACAAACAGACAAGACUGCUGAACAAAUACUGAACGAAGAAAAGAAAGAUGUAUUACAAGUGUUUGAAGACAAGUUAAUAACAGAAGGCAAAGAUUUGCAAACAUCAAAAGCUGUACUUCAGCAAGAAAUAGUCGAACAUUCCGAAAGUAAGUUACUUCCAGGUAUCGUGCAUGCCAAAUCUAAAAUCUCGUCAUAUCCGUCACGUAGACGGCUACAUCGAGAUCCGAACCGACCUAAAUUACAUGAUCAUAAGUGUUACAUCUGUAAAAGCGAGUCAAUGGGUUCGGCGAAAGCACUGUUGGAGCAUUUAUCCGUUCAUUUAGAUUUGACACCAUACACUUGUAAUGAAUGUGUCAUGGAGACGAUUGUUCUUCGGAAUGUGAGAUCUUUGAACUUACACAAAAAGAUGCACGCUCAACCGAUCAAAUGCGAAUACUGCGAUCGUCGAUACAGCGAUCUGUGGGCGCGAGAAGGACACAUAAAGGCCCAUCAUCUUGGUGAAAGUGUACUCUGUCCCUCAAUAUGCGAACAAUGCGGGAAGGUUUGCAAAUCAAUAACAGCCCUUAAAAGUCACAUGCGAGAUCACAAAUUAAAUCUAAGGUGUGGUUAUUGUGAUAAAAUGUUUCAUCGUCAAAACAAACUUUUCCGACAUGUAAGUCGAGUUCACGAAAAGGCGGAAAAGUACGAGUGCAACCUAUGCAAGCACAUUGUUCAUUCAUUGGAAAGUUAUAAUGCUCAUCUGAAGAUGCAUAACGCCGAAAAAUCCUUCAGUUGUGAUCUUUGUCCGAUGACAUUCUGUACAUCUGGAAAUCUAGGUUUGCAUAAAAAGGCACAUGCAAAAAAUGUUAAUUAUAAACCGCGCAAGGAUUGGACAAAUCAUUACACCGUUUUGUCAACUUCAGAAGGGGAUAAAUCGUACAGCUGCAAUCAUUGUUCCAGUACGUAUUCUGGAACGAUAAACGCGAUCAUCAGCCACGUUAAAUGUCACUUCAAAGACCUGAAGUGUGAUCAAUGUGACUUAAAGUUCACCAACGCACACAAACUGAAAACUCAUUACGUUGUUCAUACUCGUGAACGUAACUUCAAAUGUGAGUUUUGCGAAAAAGAUUUUCUCUAUAGAACACACAUGAACCACCACAUCAAACAGAAGCAUAAAUCAAAAGAUGAUAUAAGAGAACAAAACAGUUCUUAAUUGAAAUGGGAUCUUGUUACUUUGCGUAUACCGUUGUGCGGGAUAUAUGGUUAUAUUUACUACGCUUGAACAAAUUUAUUCGUUAUAUCACCUCUAAUUUAUCUACUACAAUCUUUAGGGGUAAAAAAACAGAUGAAAUUAUGAAGCUCUGGAAAUAACAUAAUGUUGUAAUCCAGUGUAAUAUGUUAUUUGCAUCCACUGAAAUUUAACCAUAUGUUCAAUAAAAGUAAGCGAUACAAAAACUGA